AAAGAGGGGGUUCCGAGGUACGCAACCAUCACUAUCAAUGGAAAGACGCUCGCAAUCACGACGAACCUGAAAGAGGCGCUCUGGCAGGCGAGGCUCACGGAUAGGCCGCGGGCUCUGUGGACCGACUCUGUCUGCAUCAACCAGCGCGAUGAGGCGGAGAAGGCGCAGCAGGUAGGCCUGAUGGGCCGCAUAUAUAAGAUGUCGAGCUGUACCCUAAUAUGUCUCGGC